CUUUCUUUCUCUUCCCCAGCUGUUCAUCAACAAUCAGUUUGUGGACUCCCAGAGCGGCAAGACGUUCCCCACGCUCAACCCAGCCACCGGUCAGAAGAUCGUCGACGUUGCCGAGGGUGACAAGGCCGAUGUCGACUUGGCCGUCCAGGCCGCCAAGACUGCGUUCGCUCGCAGCUCUCAGUGGCGCCAGAUGGAUGCCUCGGCUCGUGGAAAGCUCCUGCACAAGCUGGCCGAUCUGAUGGAACGGGACAUCAACGCGCUGGCAAACCUUGAGUCGCUGGACAACGGAAAGGCUUUCGGCGAUUCGGUGUUCGACAUGAACUGCGCCAUUGACACGUUCCGGUACUAUGCCGGCUGGGCGGACAAGAUCCACGGAAGCACAGUUCCCUCGGAUGGCGCGGUCAUGACUUACAUUCGCAAGGAGCCAGUCGGCGUCGUUGGCCAAAUCAUUCCCUGGAACUACCCGGUGCUGAUGUUGACCUGGAAGUGGGCACCUGCGCUGGCCACUGGAUGUACUCUGGUGUUGAAACCAGCCGAGCAGACUCCACUGAGUGCGCUGUACAUGGCUGCGUUGUCUAAGGAAGCUGGCUUCCCAGAUGGCGUUAUCAAUGUGGUCAACGGAUACGGACCAACCGUCGGAGCGGCCAUUGUUAACCACGCGAAGAUCCGCAAAGUUGCAUUUACCGGUUCGGUGGAAACGGGUCGCUUGAUCACCGAGGGAUCAUCGAAGUCCAACCUGAAGCGAGUUUCGUUGGAACUGGGCGGCAAGAGUCCGCUGGUGGUGUUCGAUGACUUCGAUGUGGACGAAGCCGUAGAAAUCGCCCACAACGCCAUCUUCGCCAAUCACGGCCAGAACUGCUGCGCCGGAAGCCGUACAUUCGUUCAGGAAGGCAUUUACGACAAAUUCGUGGCAAAGGCCGUCGAGAUGGCCAAGGCCCGCAAAGUUGGCGAUGCAUUCGCCGACGGUACCCAGCAGGGACCCCAGGUGGACGAAGAGCAGCUGAACAAGAUUCUGGGCUUCUUCGAGUCGGCCAGUAAGGAGGGUGCCAAGCUGCAAACCGGAGGCAAGCGCCACGGAAACGUCGGAUACUUUGUGGAGCCGACGGUGUACUCGGACGUCACGGACGAGAUGCGCAUCGCUCGGGAAGAGAUCUUCGGACCGGUGCAGAGCAUCCUGAAGUUCAAGACGCUGGAUGAGGUUAUUGAGCGGGCCAAUCGUACGGAGUACGGAUUGGCAGCUGGUGUUCUGACGAACAAUUUGAACAACGCGUUGGUGUUCUCGAACGCCGUUGAAGCUGGAUCCGUUUGGGUCAACUGCUACGAUUACGUCAUGCCGACCACUCCUUUCGGUGGAUUCAAACAAUCCGGACAUGGGCGCGAGCUGGGCUACGACGGUAUCGAACUGUACACGGAAACCAAAACCGUAACGAUCAAGCUGCCGACGAAGGUCUGAUGAAAAGGUCACCAAGUCACCAGGUUCGUCCCACAGCGAAAUUAAUGAAAGUGAAAACAUCCCCAAUUGAACGGCGAUGCGAUGAAGAGACGACUGAUGAUUGUCGUCGUCGUUUAAAUAAAAACAAUCCGUUCGAAAUCAA